AUGACUUUGAUUAGCAAAUGGCAGGAAAAGGCAAAGAGUUUAACGUUAGAACUUAUCCAGAAGGAAAUGGAAUAUAAUAAAAUCGCAGAGAGUACAGAUAAUGUAAUUCAACAACUCGAAAAUGACAUAAAUUCUGCUCAAAAAGAAAUAAAGAAUAAAGAAAAUCAAAUACAAGAAAAGAAGGAUGAAAUACUGGCAUUGGAAUCUUCGAUUCAAAUGCUUUCUACCAAUUAUGAUAAAAUUUCACAAAAAAUACAAAAUGAAGAUCAACAAUUUAAUGCUGUUAGCGAAGCAUUACAUCGCAAUUUCCAAUCAAAUGAAGCAAUAGAUGAAUAUCUUAAAAGUAAAGAUGAAGAAAUUGUUUCAAAAAUUCCUUUCGAAAAAUUAUCUCAAAUGAAUUACAUCGUUGGGCUAUUAGCCAAAAUUAUUAGUUUACAAAAGAAUUGUCAAAAGAAACAAAAAGAAAUCGACGAAAGAAAACAGUUCUAUCAGAAAUUAGAAAUAUUAAACGCUCUUCAAAAGAAACAGAGUGUCUUAAAGAACCAAUGGGAUGCAAUAAGCGCAGAAAUCGAAAAGAGUGCCAAAGAAAAAGAACAAUACGAGAAACUCAAAGAACAAUUUGCUUUACUCCAGAAACAAGGAAAAAUGGAGCACAACGAGCGCGAAGAACAAGGGAAAAACCAAAAGCAAGCUUUGAUCGAAGAAAGAGAUUCUCUUCUUACCAAACAGAGAGAUCUUGAAAACCAAUUAAAUGAUAUAAAAUCAAAGUUCCCGAAAUUAGUAAGUGAUUCUCAAGCCGAAGUUGACCAGAUAUACGAACAUAUUACCCAGCAAGAAAAACAAAUUGCUGAACUUAAAGAAAAAAUCCAAAUUGCUAAGAAUGCUAUUGAUUCAAGAAAGAAUAUAGAAACAAUGACAGACACAAUUCCACAGACAACGCGACCCGUUGCAUCACAAACUCAAAAGAAUCAGCCAAUUCUUGGAAUUGAAACAGAAUCUUUCGAGAAAGCAUUAGAUUUGAAUUUAGACUUUGGCACAGACGAUAAAUCAGAAAUAUUUAGCGUUCUUGAUGGCUUACUAGAACGUGCUAAAGAAAUUUCAUUGAAAUGA